AAUUUGAAUGGCGAAUCUCGUUCGUUCGGUAAGAUUAACGUUCAUUCAGUAUCCAGUAAUAAAAUAAGCAGCCGGAAGUGUUUUUCCAAUAGAAAUACACGACUGAAAAUAUCUCGAUAAAGUAAUUGUGCUUGUUUCUGCAGUAAGAAAGUAAAAUUCAACAUAAUGGAAAGAAAGCAAAUGAAAUGGCCUGUUACAUUUGCUGCCCAGAUUCAACAAUUUCCAUACAAAUGGUUCUGGAAUAACUUCUGGCUUCCAAGAUUCGUUGUUGGGGCUAUGGCUGUCACAUUCCCUUUUUUCUUGUUCAUCCACAAGUCAGUUAAUACACCAGAAAAUAAAGCUAUAUGGGCCGAAAAACAUAAGAAAGAACGUCAAUAUCACUUUCAUUGAAUGUUUCUGUCAAACCAGUUUAGUAUCUGUAAUAAUGUAUCUGUCACCUAAGUUGAUUAAAAAUUAUUAAUGAACUAGUAAAA